AGGACGAGACGAGGUCACAAUGGGCUCUGUCCAAAGAUUGUGGCAUCAAUCUCGACGUACCUCUCAUCAAAGAUUUUGAGGAUAUAUUUACUACUAUUGCCACUUAUCAGAAACAGAACCCUGAUCUCGUAAAGAAUCUCGACAAGAGAACCCAGCUACUGGGCGAGGUCGAGAUCGAACCGUUUCUCCGCCUUAUGCUUCCUCAGAUCCUGGAGACAUACGCCAUGAUACAAGCCAUCAAAUCGAGACAACUUCCCAGCGAUCACAUAAACGAAGCGACAUGGCGAGUGCCCGUUGACGCACUGCUCUUGCACACGUUCAUCCACAAGGACCCAGAAUUCCAAACGGACAUAGCUUUUCGCCUCGAUGCGGCUAAAGGUCACGGUAACGAGCGGUAAGUUCUGCGUCACUUAUUCAUGUCUCUAUUUCCUUGGGCGGUAACAUCGGGACACCUUUUAGGCUAGAGUGCACCCUGAGGCUUCCGGAAAGCAUGGCGCUGUCCCAGUACCUUUCUGACGUGGACAAGCUCUCAGUGUCGGAGUGGGGAGUGCGACUUGCGAAAGCGGCUGAAAAGCACACUCCCUUAGACGUUGUGACGGAGUUGACAGCAAGAAUGGGCCCCAUGUACCAGGAUUCGACUGAUACUUGGCUGCACGAGUUUACGUCCGCACAGGCGAUGCUCUCUCGUGUUUUACAGUGGUACCGUGAUCUCAAAGACUAUCACAUUCUCCACCGAGCUACUCUGAUUAGGGAGAGAGCGAUCUGUGAUGCAAUCGCAUCUCUUCGCGUCCCUGUGUCCGGGAUCUCGUCCGGUCUUCUUCAAGAUUUCGCAUUGAUCAGUACGUCGUCAGGUCCCGCUCUGAAGCGGGCACCAGAUGCCGACCGGACAGGUCAAGCACAUUCGGACGCCGCCUCCGGAGAAGAUGUACUCUUCGUGGAAACCCAAGCGACCCACUACUGUCCGGACAUUAUGCCCAGCCAAAACCCUACCAGGCUUGGACAGAAGGCAGACGACUCAGCCAACAAGGGCAAGGGGACUUUCGCCGAACCCGAGCCUAUUACCGCCGACCUCCUCCAGCUUCCCGUGCUGGUUGCCGAAUGGAAGAAGGAGGGGGGUGAUGCAGAACAGGCGGCGAACCAGCACUACAUCGACCUCGUGGCGAGCGUGAAAUUCCUCCAGGUCUGCGGCAUCACCGAUUGCCCCGUGUUUGGCUUAAGGUCCGAUGGACCGAUCCUCCUCCUCGAUUACGCAUACGCGACGCCGCCUAGUGGUGACGGUACGGAUUCUGUCAUCACCGUCUGCGAUCGCAACGCCUUCCAGUACAACCUGGGGAGUCCUAUGGGCGUCUGGCGGUUUGCCACAGCCAUGGUCUCGAUUAAUCGGUGCCACAUGCCGCGGCUUUUGCACAAGUGGGAAGAGGCGCAGAAGACGUACAGAACAGCGCCGACCGUUGACACCCCGCCGGACCACCCCAGUCGCCUGCAUGGGCAUGGGCUCGUCUCGAAGCGCGGCCCCAACAGCAACGAGCUGCGCAAACUGCCACGGUGGAGGACCACGUCCGAUCAGAAGGCCGUGAUCCAGGAUAAGGUGAAGAGCUUGAAGGAGAAGUACGAGCGCGAGCCAACCGCGAAUACGCCUGAGGCGUUAAAGGUUCUGGCUGACAUAGAGCGACUCUUAAAUAAGGAGAAGGACGAGAAAGAUGGGACGGACGGGCAGCAGACAGACACGGGCGAUGGGAAGUUGGACGCUCCCACCAAUGCCAAUCAGGCCUCAAGCUCAAGGCCUUUGGCCCGGGGUGUUAAACGGGGGCCCCCUUCUGAGUCGGAAUAGAGAUAACGCAUUCUUUUAGACACAUAUUUGUUGCAAUGUUCUUGGAGCUGCGCAAGUGAAUAGCAAUUACCGGCCGAAGGCAUCUCGCUGACGC